AUGACCGCCCCCGACGACCACGACGACACGACCGCGCACCCCACACACCUCGACCCGUCGGACCUGGGCACCAAAGCGUACUGGGACGCGUGCUACGAGCGCGAGAUCGCCAACCACGCGGAGCACCCGUCGGACGAAGGCACGGUGUGGUUCGCCGACGCCAACGCCGAGGAGCGCAUGGUCUCGUACCUGGACGACCUGGCCGACGACUGGCGGCUGAUCAAGGGCGACGACGAAGGGUUCGAGGACGAGAGCGCCGCCGAGGCCGAGCGCGACUGCACCAGCUUCCUCGACCUCGGCACGGGGAACGGCCACCUGCUGUUCGCGCUGCGCGACGAGGGCUGGCGCGGCCGCAUGGUCGGCGUCGAUUACAGCGCUAGGAGCGUCGAGCUGGCGCGCAGGAUCGCGGCCGAGCGGGCCAAGGAGGAGGAGAAGGCGGCUGCGGCGGAUGUGGAUUUUGAGGAGUGGGAUAUCCUGGGCGAGGAGCCGCGGCAGGAGUGGCUGCAGGGCGGGUUUGAUGUGGUGUUGGAUAAGGGCACAUUCGAUGCCAUCAGCCUGAGCGCGGAGACGGAUGCGCAGGGCAGGCGCAUUUUUGAGGGCUACAGGGAGAAGGUCGAGCCGUUGAUCAAACCCGGCGGCUUGCUGCUGAUAACGAGCUGCAAUUGGACCGCCGACGAGCUGAAGGCUUGGUUUGUGGUCGAAGGGGGUCUGCUGGAGUACGAGGAUAAGAUCAAGUAUUCCAGCUUCACGUUUGGCGGCAGAUCGGGCUCCAAGGUGUGCUCCCUGUGCUUCAAGAAGAAGAUUGAGCCCGCGGCAUGA